AUGUCUCUCCGUCCGCGCCUCGUGCCGCCGUCGCUCCUCCGCCGUGAAAUCUUCUUCACGCGGAGCUACGCUGUGCAAGCCCCAGGCAAUCCCACACUAGAGAUAUUCAACCGCAAAUCAAAAUAUCUACAAAAGGAGAGGGCGGCACAGAAUGCCGAGGAGAGCCGGAAGGUUGAUUAUCUCAAAGACGAAGUUGCAUCUCGGCUGAGUGAGCGGCUGCUGGAUAUCAAAAGGAAUUUCAACCAUGUUCUUGACCUUGGAGCGAAUAGCUGCAAUAUUGCACGCGCCCUCACGCAGCCUUACGUUGACCCAGACAUCCCCAAUGCACAACCCGCCGAACCCAUAGCGAAGCGGAUAUCCAAGCUCACAUGUGUGGAAGAGUCACCGUCUUUACUAUACCGCGACGAGUCGCUGCCCUUUAAUUCCGAAAUACCAAUCACCCGAGAGGUUGUACCUAGCUUGGAACACCUCCCUUACGGGCCGAAUACCUUCGACGCCGUCCUCUCUUCUCUCUCAAUACACUGGAUAAAUGACCUACCGUCACUAUUAUCGCAGGUGAACUCGAUUUUAAAGCCUGAUAGCCCGUUUAUUGCAGCGAUGUUUGGCGGAGACACCCUCUUCGAAUUGCGCUCUUCCCUACAGCUUGCGGAUCUCGAACGCAGAGGCGGGGUUAGUCCGCAUAUCUCACCAUUGGCGGACGUCCGAGACAUUGGUGGCCUGUUGAACAAGGCUGGUUUCCGCCUGCUUACGGUAGAUGUUGAAGAUAUAGUGGUUGGCUACCCUAAUACGUUCGCGCUGAUGAUGGAUCUCCAGGCGAUGGGAGAAAAUAAUGCUAUCAAACAGCGGGAAAUAGGCCCGAUGUCAAGAGACGUCUUGUUGGCGAACGAAGCAAUAUAUAGAGCCUUGCAUGAGGAGGAAGGAGAGCAGGGUAUCCCAGCUACGUUUAGAUUUAUAUACAUGAUAGGAUGGAAAGAGGGCGAAGGACAGUCCCAGCCACUGCAGAGAGGAAGCGGUCAGAUAAAUCUCAAGGAUGUGCUGGGAGGAGGGAGCUUUGAGCAAUAA